CUUUAUCGAAAUUGGUGCGUCCGAUGGUGAGACCGGGUCGGUGUCCCUUUUCUUUGAGAGGAAUAGGCUGGGACGGGCUUCUGAUAGAGCCCCACCCUGGUCAUUACAGACAAUUACGUCACAGACACAGGAAAGCUUCGACUCUCAGAGCAUGCAUCAGGAGCAAUUCAAGUGCCAGUAAAGCCUUUGUCGACGAGAUAGAAGGUCACAUGAUCACCCCCUGCUUAUGGAUGGAAUCCAUAUUAGAAGCUAUGGGUAAAAAGACCGUCGAUCUGCUGAGUUUGGAUGCGAAGGGUCAGGAAAUGGACAUUCUGCAGGCCAUUCACUCAAACUAUUCGAUACAUGUGAUCACCGUUGAAUUCGUUGAGGGGUCAGACAGUGAUAUGAACGUGAUGAAAUUUUUAAUGAACCAUGGCUACCACGCCAAUCACCAAUUUGUGAACCACCCGUUACACAGAAACGAUAUGGUGUUCACCAAAGAAAAACAAGUCUAGAGAUCACCUUUUGUCUCAAAUAAUUUUAAUUACAAUAACUUUGUCCAUCUUCGCUAGCCAAGGUUUUCUGAUCCGAACCGCUCCUCACGAACGAAUCGUGAGGAGCGGUGUGGAUCAGAAACCCUGGCUAGCUAAGAUGUAAAUAUGUCAUAUCUGAUAGGAACAUUUCAAUGCAUCCUAUUUCAUACAAUGUCUUCCCCGUUUGUACCAAUUUUGCUCCGAAAAAAAUCUAUUAUGUUAAUAGAUGUACACGUGUGUUUUGAAUA